UUUCGUGCUUUUGGAUUCCUGAUUAACCAGAAGAGGUUGUUUGGGUUCGGGCAAGAAAACCAGAGUGGAGGGAUGGGGCUUCUCAGUAUCAUUAGGAAAAUCAAGAAGAAAGAGAAAGAAAUGCGCAUUCUCAUGGUUGGGCUUGACAAUUCUGGCAAGACUACGAUUGUGUUGAAGAUUAAUGGGGAGGACACCAGCGUUAUCAGUCCCACACUCGGCUUCAACAUCAAGACCAUUACUUACCAAAAAUAUACUCUUAAUAUAUGGGAUGUUGGGGGCCAAAAGACUAUAAGAUCUUACUGGAGAAACUAUUUUGAGCAAACUGAUGGUUUAGUGUGGGUCGUUGACAGUUCUGAUCUUAGAAGAUUGGAUGACUGCAGAAUGGAAUUAGAUAAUCUUUUGAAGGAAGAGAGGUUGUCAGGAGCAUCAUUGCUGAUACUAGCAAACAAGCAGGACAUAAAAGGUGCCCUUACUCCAGAAGAAAUUGCUAAGGUUCUGAAUUUGGAAGCCAUGGAUAAAACACGACACUGGAAAAUUGUGGGUUGUAGUGCUUACACUGGCGAGGGACUACUUGAAGGAUUUGAUUGGUUGGUCCAGGACAUUGCCUCUCGAAUUUAUGUGCUUGACUAAAUGCUUUUUCUGUCAUUUUUAUCGCAAUUAGACAGCUAAAGCUGAAUCUAAAGAGUUGCCAGUUACCUUCUGUUUGAAUGAGGGUAUGUUUGUUAUUGUAAACGAGAAACUUUUCAACCUAUGAGCCAAAGUUGAAAUGCAAUUACAAUACAGGGAAAUAGAAUAACUUUUCAGUACA